CAGGCUGAGCAUUUUAGGACUGUUUAGGAAAUAUUUAUACGCACUUGUGUACCACCUGUUAUAAAACACUUAGUUUAGAGGCUUAAUAAUUGAUAUCUGGCUCCCUGGACGUUAAAUGUGAGAUGUGUAACGUGAAUGAAACCGUGAAACUGACUGGCCAUGAACUCCACCUGCUAUUCAGGAUGUUUUCGACACCGUUUGGUUCAUAUUCCUGAGAAGAUAUUUCUGUAAAACAGCAGUGAAAUACGAACAUUUCGAGAACAUUACAAAGGGCUGUUCAUGAAUGUACCUGCAGAGGUUUUUAAUAAGCUACAAGCUCAGAGAAAACGGAGCUAGGAGGUGCUAGCCGCUCGGUCAGAGGAGUCCUGUGUGUGAGGGUUUGGGAACCGGUUAUUUAUUUAUGUUUAUACAAAUAUAUGUGCCACAGGAAUGGAGGACGGCUUGGCGUCAGAAGACGAUAUCUUGCUGCACUCAGAGAAGGCGUUUCACAAUGCUGCAAAACGGAAUGACACGGGAAAGAUGCUGGAGCUUAUUAGGAAAGGGGUCGACAUCAGGGUUAAAAAUAAUGUAGACAGGAAGGCACUGCACUGGGCUGCAGGUACAGGUAGUGAAGAUGCCCUGCGUCUGCUGCUGGAGCAUGACACUGAGCUGGAUGAUGCAGACAGCUUUGGCAUGAGUGCACUGCUGCUGGCAGCGUGGUUCGGUCACUUAAAAAUAUUGCAGAUCCUUGUCUCAUCUGGUGCAAAACUCAACUGUGAAAACAAAAAUGGGCUGAAUCUUCUGCACUGUGCUGCCCAGCGAGGUCAUAUUCAUAUUCUCGAGUACAUCAUGGAAGAUCUGGAGGAUAUACGACUUGACAGAGUUGACAAGUCAGGUAAGACAGCAUUUCACCUGGCAGCAGAGCAUGGACAUUUGGAGGUGACAGAGUAUCUUAUUGGCAUGGGCUGUGCUCACAACUUCAAGGACAAGGAGGAGAACACUGCAUUCCAUCUGGCAGCGAAACACGGCCAUGUAGAGGUUCUCCAGAAGAUUCUGGAAACAGGGGAGAACAUUAAUGAGAGGAAUAUUGGUGGUCUGACCGCUUUACACUUGUCUGUGGGUGGAGGGCAUUAUCACUGUGUCAGGCUGCUGCUUGAGGCUCACUGCAACGUCAAUGAACUCACAAAUAGAAAUAUGACGGCUCUUCACAUUGCAGUCCAACAUGGAUUUGAAAGAGAGGUCAGGCUGCUUGUGGAGGCUGGAGUAAGUGUGGACUCAGUGGACACUAAUCAUACCACCGCGCUACACUUGGCAGUGUUCAACAACUACACAGAGAUUGUUAAAAUACUCAUUGAUGCAGAAUGUGACCUAGAUGUUUUUGAUGAGCGGCUUCAAACAGCCCUGCACAUAGCAGCAGAGCACGGACGCCAAAACAUAGCCGAGCUGAUCCUCAUUGCUGGGGUCAACCUCAGACUUCUUGACAAGCAGGGAAAGACAUCACUAGACGUUGCGGCCAGAGGCAAUCAUGUGAACGUCGUCGACAUGAUUAUCAAAGCGGAUAGGUUUUACAAAUGGGAACAGGACAAUAUGAACUGCUCUGAAUCGUUAGUGGGAAGGAAUGUGAGCUUCAAGCAAGAUCAUCAGCAUGAGACACAACACAUUCGCUCCAUCUUAUGGAAAUUAGCCACCAAACACCUGAAAGCUGGGGAGUGGAAGACACUGGCGCAGCACUGGCACUUCACAGACGCACACAUCCGAGCCAUAGAACAUGAGUGGACAGGUACUAAAAGCUAUAAGGAUCAUGGGCAUCGCAUGCUGCUGAUCUGGCUGCAUGGUGUGCUGAUGGCUGGAGAAAACCCCAUUAAAGUCUUGUACGAAGGCCUGAUGGGAAUCUCAAAGAAGGAUCUGGCAGAGAGUAUGCGACAGCAAGCCAACACAGACCCCAACACUCCUAAAAAGUGUGCAACAAUGUGAAAGUGUUGUCUUGGAAAAACACUCUGAAGACAUGAAGUUUACAGCAACCGAUACAAGAUGAAAUUCAUUCCAGAGCUUAGUAUGCAAUAGAAUAUAAACGUAGUUUUCCACACUGUUUUUGAAGGGCUAUUACAGUACCAUCUGUUGAUUCUUGUGAUGGUGAAAAGCGACAAAUUGAGCAUUUCAGUUUUAUGCAAAUAGGUAAAUUACUGUGAAGUGACACAUUCAUGUCCAAAUAAUUGGGUAAAUUCUUAAGGUGCAGGUUAUCUGAUGUUCCCUAAUUCUACACUUCCAACUUUUAUGUCCUACUUACGUUUAUUAUUAAUGAAAGUUGGCUCAGAUGAACGAAAACAGGAAAGUUAUGAACAGAGUAUUUUUUUUUAGCAGAGAUAAAGCUGAAUAGCUAGGAGUCUUUCCAUUUUCAAACAACUGCAAACAACCAUUUGCAACAAAGGUAAGAUGGUGAUAAAUUUUGUCUAUAUUUCAAAACAGACAGCACAACAGCAGCUCCAUAGUAAAGUGUUAAGAGACAAACUGGACCAAAACCAGCAACUUGUCACCUCAAUUUUUUUUGUGAAUCCAGGGUUAAGAGGCUACAGCUAUAAGCACUGUGUUACUUAUGUUCCAAAAAAAAUUAUAAUUGAAUCCGUUUUUAUGCAUUGUAUUGCCACUAUACUGUCAUUCAAAUGUUAUCAUUAAAGGAGAUACGCAGAGCCAUGGCCUCACUUUCGUUUAUAAAUGCCUUGAGACCUCAAGAAUGGCAUAGGAAUAGUUUUAAGCGUGAACAAUAAAUCUAAUAUAGUCAUUUUUAUGAUUAAAGUAAUUUAUUUAGGUAGCGGUCUGAGUGAAUGACCUUGACGUCCGUAACGACACAGCAGGAAGUCUGUCGGUCUCGUCGCCAUUUCCGCGAUACUAAAACACAGAGCUAACCGCAAUUCUGAUCCUCCAUUUUGAGCUAAUUUAUCGGCAUGCCAUGUAGAUGUGUUGCUGGUGGGUGCAGCAACACGACAGAAGGUGGAUUUACGUUGCAUUCAUGACCCAAGAAUGUUCAAACUGCAAAGAUUUGGACGGGUUUUGUGAGAAGUUCAUGGGCACAUUGGGCGGCUACGAAGUGGUCUCUCCUCUGCUCAUUUUACUGAAGACUCGUACAAAACCUCUGAUCUGUUCAGGAGUGUUGGCUAUAAGCCUGUAUUAGUCCGGGAGCCAUGGGGUCGGACCCGGAAUUUUUGGUUAAAGGUUUUUUUUUUGCUUUAUCUUAUAGAUUUGAGGUAGCUCUUCAAGAUUUAAGAGGGUGCCCGGUGAUAUCCCUUGGGCAAUUUAAUAUAUUAACCCUUUAAUGCCCUAUAUGCCUAAAU